AUGGACCCGCAGUUAUCUUCCUCCAAGAGACUCUUUAAAGUUUCACAGGAUUUUGAUUUUCCUAUAUCAGAGGCCCCUAUGGGCCUUGUUCAUGCCGAUGAGCUCAUUUUGAAUGGCUUGAUAGUGCCUGUUUUUGUAAAUCAAGUGAAGGCGGAUGCAUAUGAUGCUUCUGAUGAUCCGGCUCCAUCUUGUGCUUCCGCUUCCUCUUCCUCAAAAAAGUUGCACUCAGUCUCGGAUUCAGGUAACAGGACUCGUAGUUCAUCAUUAAAGAAGUGUCGAAAAUUAUCAAAGCAGAUAUUCUUGAAGUAUUUGGAUUUUCUUAAGCCACUUUGCCAGAGAGUCCGAGAGCGGAGAUUUGGCUCAAGAGUUGGAACUUUUACAGCAAGACUGCAUGGAGAAGAAUUGGCCUUGUUCAGCUUCAACAUCUGCGCAAGUAAGGGUUGCAAACUCAAGUGA